AUGGCUGCCGGAGGAGGAGUGGUGCUCAACCUGCGCGUCCCGUCGGCGUCAGUGGCGCCGGCGCGGCGGUGUGGGACGGCGUCGUCGUCGUCGGUGAGAUGCGGGGGCGCGCGCGGGGCGGCGCCGGCGAGGCAUACGGGCGGGGCGCUGGAGGAUGACCACUACCGGACGCUGAGGCUGGCGCCGGGGGCCACCAGGGGCGAUGUCAAGAGGGCCUUCCACCGCCUCGCGCUGCAGCACCACCCGGACGUCGUGCGCCGGGGCGGCGGGGACGGCCAGCAAGACGACGCCAUCGACUUCCAGCGGAUCAACGCGGCGUACCAGACGUUGAUGAGCAACAUGCGGGAGGCGGAGGCGACGCUCGAGUACUGGCGCCGCCGCUACGGCCUCGCCGACGAGGACCUCGACCGCUACCGCCACUACCUCAACGACGAGGACGCGGACGACUGGUUCGCCGACUUCUGA